AUGUUUAAACGAAAGUCGCUGUCAUCGUCUUCUCAACCAAUAACAAUUCCAGAAAAACCAACAUCACCUACAACACCAUCACCAAACGAAAAUGAUGCCUAUCGUAGAUCCCAAUCCGUUUCAUCAAUGUCAAAUGCCAACACUGACAGCUCAUCACAAGAAUCAAAUACAACAACAACAACAACAAAGCGAGGAACCCUCACCAUUACCAGUAGUUCUGCACUAUUAACUGAAUUAAAUAAUAAUUUAGCCAAUGCUGCUAACAUUUCGUCUACUAAUUCGUCCAACAACAUUUCGUCUAAUUCUUCCUCUUCUUCGAAUAAUACCCUAAAAGAAAGAAAGAAAAGUCUUUCAUCAUUGAAAAGUAUGCUCACUCCAAAGAAAUUAUCUUCAUCUUCCUCUAAUAUUUCUCAUCAAUUGAACAAUGAACAACAUGAAAAUGAUAAAAAUUCAUCACUUUUAAAUAUGAAACCGAGAGAAAGUUCAAACUCAAGUUUGGGAUCUGCACUUGUGAAAACACCUUUACAUUUACUUUUUCCAUCAAAAACAUCAUCUUCUACUUCUAAAAUAUCAGAAACUGGAUUAUCUGGAACUGGUGAUUUUUCUGACACGGAUGAUUUGUCAGAGGUUGGAACAGAUAUUAGUGAAGAUCAUGAUUUGAAGGAAUUAAAAGAUAGUAUUCAAGGAUUUGAAAAGGAACUUUCUCAAUUGAAUACAAUGUCAUCCUCUCCAAAAUCAAUUUCACCAACCACAAUGAACUCUACAGAAUCAGGUAGCGUUCCAAAAGCAAGUAUUAAUACAUUUACAUCAACAUCGACUAGUGGAGCAACUGCUACCACUCCAACUAGAGGAAGGGCUGUAUCAGAAGCACAAAAGAAAAAGAAGAAGGAUGAUGAGAUGGAU